AUGGCAACAAGUGGUAAUAACGAGACCCCACAGACGCCAACCGGAGGCGUUGCUUCGAGCUGUGCGAAUUGCGACCGUCCGGAUAGUGCGGAUAAUUUUGUGCAGUGUGACAAAUGCGACGCGUGGUGGCAUAUGUCGUGCGCUGGUGUAUCGGAGUCGGUUGAAGGCCGUCCGUGGUCGUGUCGUAAAUGCACCCCAGAUAACGUAAGCAUCCGUACGGUAUCGUCAGCCACUCGAGCCGCUCGAUUAGCGCUACAACUAGAGGAGCUUGAAGCGAAACGAGCCUUGGAAAAACAAAUGUUGGAAGCGGAAAAACGACAUCUGUCACAAAUGUUCCAACUUAGAAAGGCCCAACUGGAAUGUGAGGAAGAACACACGGACCGCAGCCGGAUAAGCAAGCGGCAGAGUAUCGACCAGGUGCGUCAGUGGAUGGAAGAAUGCGCUGAACAAGCAGAAGGUGCCGUUAGAUUCUCAACCAAUCUAGAAACAGCCUCGCUGUCAAUGCCGCAGCAAACAUCCCAGUUCGAGGGGAACACGAAAGACAGUUGCUACCCCGGUAGGACAGUGAUGCCACAGGUAGGACAAGUCCAGAGUCCGCUGAGGCAUCCUUCGUUACCAAACGUACUUCAGCGUACGUCAUUGUCAGCAGUAAAUCCAGCUGGCCAAUACGGCUACUCCGUUCCAGGUGCCGGUAAUUAUAAGCAAAUCCAACUGGUGGAUACCGGUGCAAUCCCCAAGGGAACCAACGUUGAGCAAGCCGUAGUAAGCGUUACCCACAACCCCGCAGGUAACCCUUUACCCCCCGUAGUACCAGGUAAGCCACCACAUAGUAAAAAUAAAGUGAAAGCCCAACUGUGUUGCGAGGAUAAUAUUGCUCAAUUAACCGAGCAGUUCGGGAACAUUCAAAUUCCCUCGGCAUUACUAAUGAACCAAAAGAGUGAUGCUGUAUUCCCAAAGAAUCUAACGAGGAAUGUGUGUAUAGAGCAGGUACAACCGAACCCUUCGUUUGGAACAGUCCCAGUUCCUCAAGGGCUUUUGAAUAUGUCUACAUUUGUUCCAACCCCCUCGCAGUUAGCAGCCCGACAGGUGAUGACGAAAGAAUUACCCCCCUUUUCGGGCAACCCAACCGACUGGCCCGUAUUCAUAAGCAGCUUUAUGACAACUACGCUUGCUUGUGGAUAUUCGAGUGCCGAAAAUUUAACACGUUUACAACGCUGCUUGAAAGGUACUGCAUACGAAGCUGUCCAGAGUCGUUUGGUUCUACCUGAGUGUGUUCCCCACGUGUUGGAGGACCUGCAUUUUCUCUUUGGUAGGCCUGAGCUUUUAAUCGACGUACUUCUUGAAAAGGUUCGUUCUGUCGCUGCACCGAAAUCCGAAAAAUUGGAAUCCCUUAUCGAUUUUGGUAUGGUGGUACGAACUCUUUGCGACCACUUGGAAGCUGCCGGUCAACGUGAACAUUUAUCGAAUCCGUCCUUGUUGACGGAGCUUAUCGGGAAGCUUCCCGCUCACGUUAAAAUGGAAUGGGGUGCACAUCUGAAAAACUGCCGAGAAGUCAAUUUGAAAACUUUCGCCAGUUUCAUGUCCAGUGUGAUGACUUCUGUGGGUAGAGUGACAAUGACAAAAGUGAACAAGCCGCCGGAGAAAACGAAUCAAAGAACUAGAGGAUCGAUUAACACACACGCUGCUAAUCCAGUAGCCGCCGUUGUUCCGGAUAGGUUGUGCUAUUCGUGUAGAAAACCUGGUCACCGCAUUCAGGAUUGUGGAAUGUUCAAAGCGCUGCCUAUGGAAGAACGUUGGAGGUACGUGAAUACGAACGGACUUUGCCGAAACUGCUUGAAUGCCCACGGGAAACGUAGCUGUCGCAGCAAGGGCUCGUGUGGCAUCCAGGGUUGCGAGUAUCGUCAUCAUCCUCUACUGCACGCAGCACGAAACAAUCAAGUCUUGAACGGCCAACUUCAACAUUCAGCGGGAAACUUCACGCAUAGAGUACUCGAACAAGUCAUCCUGUUUCGUAUUGUGCCUGUGGUGUUACGCGGGAGUAAAGCUACCAUUAACACGUUCGCUUUUCUCGACGAAGGAUCGUCACUGACGCUUGUCGAAGAUAAACUUGCAAACGAGCUCGGCGCCAACGGGAUUACGAAGCCUUUGUGUCUGAUGUGGACCGGAAACGUGACGAGGAUGGAAUCAGCAUCAAAACAAAUUUCUCUGACGAUCUCGGCGGUGAACGGAAAUAAGGAGUACGAGGUAGAAGAUGCACGUACAGUGAAGGAGUUGUCUCUUCCAAAACAAACAGUAUCAUUUGAACGCUUGGUCAACCAGUAUCGUCAUCUCCAAGGACUUCCGAUUGCCAGCUAUGAAGAUGCUACACCCAGACUGUUGAUAGGAGUAAAUAACUUGAAUCUGAUUGUUCCACUACGAACUAAAGAAGGCCUACGUUACGAACCCGUUGCUGUCAAAACCAGAUUGGGCUGGUGCGUCUACGGCGGAAAGAUGGGUGAGGGAACAACACAUACAGUGAACUGUCAUUCAUGCGGUUGCACUGUAACUCAAGAGCUGCAUAACACAGUGAGAGAUUAUUUCGCGCUAGAGGAUGUCGCGGCUAAGGCGGUGACCGUGCUUGUGUCAGAAGAAGAGAAGCGUGCCCAUCGUAUCCUAGAACAAACGACAACUCGUAUUGGCAAACGCUUCGAAACGGGGCUGCUAUGGAAGUAUGACCAUAUUGAGUUCCCUGAUAGCUACAAUAUGGCUAUAAGCCGACUGGAAUGCCUGGAGAAGAAACUGUCACGAGAACCGAAGCUUAAGGAGAUCGUUCAGGAGCAGUUGACUGCAUACCAAACAAAAGGCUACACCCAUCUCGCUUCAAAGGAGGAACUACUCAAUGCGGACCUGAAACGAGUCUGGUAUCUGCCACUAGGACUGGUGACGAAUCCUCGGAAGCCAGACAAAGUGCGAAUAAUUUGGGAUGCAGCGGCAAAGGUCAGUGGAAUUUCUCUCAAUACGGCGCUUCUGAAAGGUCCCGAUCAACUGACUUCGUUACCAGCGGUCCUGUUACGUUUCCGCCAGUUCAAAGUUGGAGUUACCGCAGACAUCAAAGAGAUGUUCCAUCAAAUCUCCAUACGCAAAGAAGAUCGCCACUCUCAGCGAUUCCUCUGGCGUUCGGAUCCUUCACACCGUCCGGAGAUCUUCUUGAUGGAUGUGGCGACGUUUGGAUCAACGUGCUCACCCGCAUCAGCGCAAUUCGUGAAAAACAAAAACGCUGAAGAGUUUCGGGAACAAUAUCCUCGCGCCGUGGAGGGCAUAGUUGAAAACCAUUAUGUGGACGACUGCUUGGAGAGUUUUGAGAGCGCUGAAGAAGCCUUGCGCGUCAGUCGAGAAAUGCGCAUGAUACACGAUGAAGGAGGCUUCGAACUGAGAAGCUGGCAUUCGAACAGUGCAGAAGUGCUAAAUGGCUUAGGCGAAACCAAAUCAGCUGAAACGAAGACCAUCGUUCAAGGCGGUGGAUUCGAGCGCGUGCUAGGACUACUGUGGAGUACGGAAGCAGAUGAACUUCACUUCUCUACAACGAUGACGAACGAGAUCCAGAACUUGGUGGAAGGCAACCAACGUCCAACUAAAAGACAGAUGCUGAAAUGCCUAAUGGGUUUCUUUGACCCACUGGGACUUAUGAGUUUCUUCCAUAUCCAUGGUAAGAUGCUUCUGCAAGACGUCUGGCGAUCGGGAAUCGAGUGGGAUGAUGUGGUCAGCGAUAGUAUCUUUGAGCGUUGGCUGAAAUGGACAAGACUCUUCAGCGAAGUUAGCGUAGUGCGCAUACCCAGGUGUUACUUCCACGAAGCGACCCUAGAACACUAUGAUGGACUACAGCUGCACGUUUUUGUGGAUGCUAGCGAGGUAGCUUACUCCGCAGCUGCUUAUUUUCGAGUAGUGAAUCCUCACGGUAUAGGCGAAUGUGCGUUGGUCGCUGCGAAGGCGAAAGUAGCUCCGUUGAAGCCCCUCUCAGUGCCCAGGAUGGAAUUGCAAGCAGCUGUUUUGGGAUCGCGGUUGAUGAAAUUCGUGGAAGAAGCUCAUAGUCUCACCAUAGCGCGAAGGUACUUGUGGACCGAUUCGGCUACUGUGCUGUCGUGGCUUCGAGCGGAUCAUCGCAGGUAUAAGCAGUUCGUGGCCUGUCGUAUUGGAGAGUUACUUACCACAACGGAUGCCGGUGACUGGCGAUGGGUGCCCUCGAAAUUUAACCCUGCUGAUGCCGCAACCAAGUGGGGUAAAGGCCCAAAAUUGACAACGGACAGUAUGUGGUUCAAAAGUCCAGAAUUCUUGUGCGAACCGGAGACAAGUUGGCCUGUUCAAAGAAUUCGUUCCGUGGACACGGAAGAAGAGUUGCGCCCUUGCUAUGCGCACCGCGGAAUUAUCCUGCCAACGCUGAUAAUCGAUUUGGAUCGAUUUUCAAAGCUUUCUCGGGCGGUGAGGACCAUCGGCCACGUGCAUAGAUUUCUGGGGAACCUGAAACGGAAGCGACUCAGCGAGAAUGCGGUAAAUGGAAGAUUCAGUUCGGAGGAGCUCAAAUCGGCAGAACGCUCAUUGAUACGGAUGGUGCAAUGGCAGGCAUUUCCCGAUGAAAUGGCGAUAACAGCGCGAAAUCAACAGAAAUCAGCUGAGCAGUGGGAACCUCUGGACAAGAGCAGCAGAAUUUACCAGUUGUCUCCGAUCGUGGAUGAUUAUGGGGUGCUCCGGAUCGGCGGACGCAUUGGGAAAGCCCCUAAUAUCGACCUAGAUGCGAAGUUUCCGGUCAUACUCCCACGAAAUCAUAGGUUUACCACACUAUUGGUGGACGACUACCACCGUAAGUUUCGUCAUGGUAACCACGAAACCGUGACAAAUGAAAUACGCCAAAAGUAUUAUGUACCGAGAUUGAGAGUAGCAGUGAAGCAGCAAGCAACAGCUUGUCAAUGGUGCAAAAUAAAUAAGGUCAAGCCGCAAACUCCGCAGAUGGCUCCAUUACCGGCAGCACGCAUGGCCGCAUUCACUAAACCGUUCACUUAUGUGGGCCUCGAUUUCUUCGGACCGCUACUCGUGAAAAUCGGGAGAAGCAACGCAAAGCGUUGGAUCGCUGUGUUUACAUGCCUGACCAUUAGAGCCGUUCAUGUAGAAGUAGCGCAUAGCCUCAGCACCGACUCGUGCGUGAAGUGCGUACGGCGUUUCGUUUGUCGACGGGGUUCGCCGGCAGAGAUACACAGCGACAACGGCACCAACUUCCAGGGUGCUAGCCGACUGUUGAGGGAACAAAUGCAAGAAAUACAAGGAGAGCUUGCAGCAACCUUCACCAAUACGAGCACAAAAUGGUUAUUCAUACCACCCGCGACCCCUCACAUGGGUGGAUCGUGGGAAAGAAUGGUGCGCUCUAUCAAAACCGCGAUGGAGACGGCCUACAACAACUGUCGUAAGCUGGACGACGAAGCUUUGGAGACGUUAGUCGUAGAAGCGGAGGCGAUCGUAAACACUCGUCCCUUGACGUAUUUGCCAUUGACUUCCGAAGAAAGUGAAGCCAUUACUCCGAACCACUUUCUGUUGGGGAGCUCAAGCGGUGUUCGUCAGCCAACGGUUGAACCAACGGAUUCAUCGGCAGCCUUGCGGACCUCCUGGAAUCAGAUUCAGUUUCAACUAGACGUCUUCUGGAAAAGGUGGACUCGGGAAUAUCUUCCGACCCUCACGAAGCGCACGAAGUGGUUCGGGGAUGUAAAGCCUGUCGCCGAAGGAGACUUGGUGUACAUCGUGGACGGAGACAGAAGAAACGGCUGGGAACGAGGUCGCGUGCAGUUAGUCAUCAAAGGAGCGGAUGGGAAGAUUCGUCAAGCGAUUGUACAAACUGCGAGGGGGGUUGUGCGUAGACCUGUCUCGAGGUUGGCUGUCUUGGAGGUGGAUCGUAAAACUGAACCUGGUGGCCAGUGUUACGGGGGGGAGGAUGUUGGAACUGGCAGCACGGACAAUGUUGGAACUGGCAGCACGUACAUUGUUGGAACUGGCAGUACGGACAUGGUCGGAACUGGGAGCACGGACAUACACGAGUAGGAUUUACACAUUUAGAGAGAGGAAAGAUUUAGAGUGUAGAGAGGAAGAAGUGUCAGAAUGAGAAAAAGGAAAAGAUUAACAGCGUGCGGAAGAAUUUCUAUUUCUAAACCUAAACCCUAAAAUUUAUUGGCUAGUGUAAAACUUAUUAACUAGUUAAAACUUAAUAUCUAGUGUAAAACUUAACCUAUCUUAGAACUACUGCGAAACACUACUAUUCGCGUACGAUAGAGUUAGUUUGCACUAAAAGCGGGAGAUAGCGUAUGCAAUUGAACGAAUACCGAUUUAUG